AUGGCACUCAGCGCUUCUCGUCCCCGCGUCCCCAAUGGCUCGUCUCUGCCCACCCUACGCCUCGCCUUCAUUGGCCUAUGUCAUGCCUUCGCGCCAAUGGUCGCCGCGCUUCCCAUGCCAUUUGGCGGCGCUCUCAGCGCUUUGAGAGAGGCCGACGACGACCUCCCAAAAGAUGGCGAUGACCCUCAGCUCUGGUUGUUUUUGGGCAUUGCUGUCGCGCUGGUUUUGGCCGGUGGUGUCUUCGCGGGUCUGACCAUCGCCUUGAUGGGCCAGGACGAAAUCUACCUUCAGGUCCUUGCUUCAUCUGGUGAGAAACACGAGCGUAAGAACGCAAAAAGGGUACUCAAGCUUCUCGAGCGAGGCAAGCACUGGGUCCUGGUGACGUUGCUUUUGAGUAACGUCAUUACAAACGAAACGCUUCCUAUCGUUCUCGACAGGUCCCUUGGCGGAGGAUGGCCUGCAGUUGUUAGUUCCACUGUGCUCAUCGUCAUCUUCGGUGAGGUCGUACCCCAGUCGAUAUGCGUUCGCUACGGAUUGCCCAUUGGCGCCGCCAUGUCCCCUAUUGUCCUCGGUCUCAUGUACAUCAUGGGAAUUGUUGCCUGGCCUACAGCUAAACUCCUCGAUUACCUCCUCGGCGAGGACCACGGCACCGUUUACAAGAAGGGAGGGUUGAAGACCUUAGUCAGCCUGCACCAGUCUCUCGGACUUGAGCAUGAACGCCUCAACGAAGACGAAGUUACCAUCAUCACCGCAGUCUUGGACCUCAAGGCCAAGGCCGUGGGUAACAUCAUGACGCCAAUGAAGGAUGUCUUCACCAUGUCAUCUGAUACUGUCCUCGAUGAAAGGAUGAUGGAUAGCAUUCUCUCCGCAGGAUACUCGCGCAUCCCAAUCCAUACCCCUGAGAACGAAAACAACUUUGUGGGCAUGUUGCUUGUCAAGAUGCUCAUCACUUACGACCCCGAGGAUGCACUGCGCGUCCGCGACUUCGCUCUCGCUACCCUCCCGGAGACGCGGCCCGAGACAAGCUGCCUGGACAUUCUUAAUUUCUUCCAAGAGGGCAAGUCUCACAUGGUCUUGGUUUCUGAAUACCCCGCUGAAGCUCGCGGUGCCGUUGGUGUCGUCACUCUCGAAGACGUCAUUGAAGAGCUCAUUGGCGAGGAAAUCAUUGACGAGUCAGAUGUCUUCAUCGAUGUCCACAAGGCCAUACGCCGCAUGGCACCUGCCCCACGCGCUCGUGUUCCCCGAGGAAAGAUUGUCAGCGACGCCUCGCGCAAGCUCUCAGAAGCACCUGUCACCGAUACCGAAACAGAGAGCGAAGCACCCGCGCCACGUAACAAAUCGCUACCAGACAUGCCUGACGGCCACCCAAAACCUUCUUUCAUGCUUCGACGUCGUAGCAGCGGUAGCAAGGCAGGCAUGUCGCCUCUCCGCAGUGACGACCCUGCCGUAAUCGAGCAUCUCAAGCAUCUUGGUCCUUCGAACGCUGCUACCCGGCCCAAACAAACGCGCAUCAACACUGUCAAGAUCAAGCCCGCCCCGACUAACCUGACCGGCCCUGACAUUCCAAAGACGAUACCAGAAGAUAGCCAGGCAUCUCAUGAGCCAGCACCAACCGAGGGUGUGAUUACACAAAAUUCGCAUGCUCCUGAAGGCGGAGUUGGUGAAGGCCUAUUGUCAUCUGCAGGGCGUGAGGCUAGCGAUGGAGUUCACAGCGUGGCUGUGGGAUAUGGCACUAUGGCACCAAGUGGUGACCGCAUGUCUUGGAGAUCUGGACGAUCUGGACGAUCAGGAGCGCGGGAUCAUGACCUUGAGAAUACCUCCCCCAAGAGUAAAGCAGCUGACAACGAGACUUCGCAUUUGUUAUCCAAGAGUGCCACUAGCGAAAACGGACGCCGAGGCCGAUCCCGAUCCGUCAGCACUAUUGCCUCCCUUCGAACGGUUCCCACACCCGCACACAGUCCUGUUAGACGCCAUACCGCUCGCAGUGGCAGCAUCUCCGAGAACGUUGUCGACGUCAACGGUAUCAAGAAGAUUGUUCUAGAGACUACCAGCUCUAGUGACACAGAUGAUAAAGCCACCACCAGCGGGUCAAACGGUCAAGAGGAUAGUAAGCACUCGGAAGCUGAAUCCUCACACGCGGGCGGCAAGGGUGGAAACAAGAAGAGGAGGAAGAAGCGUGGUAAGAAGAAGAAGGGCGGCCCCGGAGAUGGCCAUGAAUCACAGCCCCUGCUUGGAGACAAUUAA